UCUGUAAUUUCCAAUUAUUUUGGUCAUGUAUAUCAUUCAUCUAAUUUUUAUGCUGAUAUUUCUGAAAACUGUAGUGGCUGUCAUACCUCAUGGAGUCACAAUUAAAGAGCCAAAAUGCUGGUAUGUUGCGAAUCCCGGACCCUGCGACAACUGGGUCAAAGUCUGGGGUUACGAUUACCUAACCAAUCGCUGCAUUUUCUUCUAUUAUGGCGGUUGCGGCGGUAAUCCGAAUCGUUUCUAUACGAAAGAGGAGUGUCUAAAAACCUGCCUGGUACACAAACCCCCAAAGCGGAUGAAAAGGGAAGAUGAUGAGGAGGAAGAGGAGGAUGAGGACUAUGAGGAGGACAUUGACAAUUGGGACAAAUGGGAUAACGCCUAUGAGCUAUAA